CUCAUUGUGAGGCGGCAGCAGGCGGUGGCGGAGAUACUGGAAGCGGUCCAGGCGGGGUAUGCGCCGCUGUGCUUGCUGCCCAAGGCUCUCUCCCGGCUGCCCGACGUGGAGCGGGGUAUCACGCGGGCGCUGUACGGCAGCGCAUCGCCGGCGGAGUUCGUGGGCACCGUACGAGCACUGCAACAGUUCCGAACCGAUCUGGGCCUCCCACCUCUACCCGACCCACCCCAAGAUGAACCCCUGCCGUACGACGACGAUGACGGCGACGAUCAUGACGAGGACCCCCAUGAUGCCGUACUACAACGUCAACAACCACUGCACCCGUACGACAACGGUUUGUACGACAACAAUCCUAGCGGCGCUGCCACUACCGCCACCGCUACUGCUGCUACCCCUGCUGCUGCUGCCCCCGUCCUGGCCUCCUUCCACUCCUGCGUUCACGCUCCGCUGCUGCGGGGGCUGCUGCGAUGUGUGGCGGGUGCGGGGCUGGCGGGGGCGCUAGCGCGGUGCGUGGCCCCACUGGACGUGCGGGCCGCUGCUGCGAAUGACUUUGGAGGGAUGUUCGCGGACAAGGAGAG